GUGGCGGGGUUUCACCGAGCUGAAGAUGUGCUCUCUGGCUCUGUUCCCUCCUCCGCUGCCCUCCGGACAGACCACACUGUGCGAGUCCAACAACGAGCUGCUGUCCGGGGCCAGCACUGAAGACCGACUGAAGCAGGAGUCCAGCCCCCUGAGUCUGCAUUUCCCCCGAGAGUCUCUGAAGCUCCACAGCCGCACAGAAAGCAGCAGCAAGGCAGCAUUUCUGGAUCACUCUGAAACACUGUGGAUGAGGAGUGCAGCAGCAUGGCGGGAUGGUGGUUUCACAGGGCUGCUCAAUGAAAUUACCAACUCGCAUACAGAGGUGCCUAAAUGGCUGUCAAUGAGUUCUGGUUGUAUCCUGGCGUUGCUCCGAUGGGUCUCUUCCUUUCACGGCUCCUUGUUUCCUCACCUCACAUUGAGCAGUGAGGACAUGAUCGCUGAGUUUUCACAGGUGCUAAACUGGUCAGACUGUGUUGUGCGAGCCUUUGCAUGGCAUCCUCAUACAGAUAAAUUUGCUGUAGCCCUGCUAGACGACUCCAUCAAGAUCUACAAUCCCAAAAGUGCCACUACUCCCACACUGAAGCACCGUCUACAGAGGAGCGUUGCAGCGGUGCAGUGGAAGCCGCUGUGUGCGUCUGCGCUCGCUGUGGCCUGUCAGAACUGUUUGCUGGUUUGGCAUGUGGACCCCUGCUCACUGUCAACCAGGCCUUCGUCUGGUUGUGCUCAGGUUUUGUCUCAUCCUGGUCACUCUCCUGUCACUUCCAUCGCCUGGUCUCCCAGCGGAUCUCUCCUCCUGUCGGCUUCACCGAUGGACUCAACUAUGAUGGUUUGGGAUGUGGCUGCUGAAAGCUGCGUACCACUCCAGCGUGUUGGAGGAGGUGGGGUCAGCUUCCUGUCCUGGUCACCUGACGGCAGCCAUGUCCUGGCUUCUACACCGUCUGCUCUGUUCAGGGUUUGGGAGACCAGGAUGUGGACAUGUGAGCGCUGGCCAUGUGUGAAAGGUCGCUGCCAGUCCGGCUGCUGGAGUCCAGAUGGGAGUCGACUUCUCUUCACUGUUCAGGGAGAGAUGGUCAUCUACGCUCUGACCUUCACUGACGCUCCAGCAGGUGUUCCUACGAGCACGUCACAGGGGCCACAGGCAGCAGCUGUGGUGGCCGACCUAUCAGAGACAACCUUUAGCACACCAGAUGGAGACAUCGUUGUUGGUGGAGAGAUCCAGUCUUUAGUCUGGGAUCCAAGAGGAGAGAGACUUGCAGUGCUUCUUAAAGGUGAUCCACAAGCAGCAGACCGACCCGCGAUCAUCGCUGUGUUCAAGACCAGAGCCAACCCCAUCUUUGAGCUUUUGCCAUGUGGGUUUGUCCAAGGGGAGGCGGGAGCCGAGCCGAGACUGAUGCAGUUCCACCCCAAUUUCCAGCACGGAGCUCUGCUCACUGUGUGUUGGUCCAAUGGAAGAAUUACCCACGUGCCUUUCUAUUUCGUGAGCGCUGGCGUCCCUCAUUUUGGCCUCAGCGGCAGUCCGUUGCUGCCUCACCCACAGCAAAGACCUGCUGACUUUGUCAAUCAGUCGCUCUUCACAGAGUUCCUCUCCUGACCAACCUACACUCACCAGCACACACUCACAAGUGAUUGUUAUCAUCAUGGAUUUUGUUAAUAAAUUUGUAGAAUGUUCUUGCUUUACA